CAUUAAACCGAGCAGCAAUCAUUGUCCUUCACUUCAAUUCACACACAGCUAGCUCAGCUCUCUCUACCCCACAAACAACUCCAACUUGGAAUCUUUGCCGGAAAAUCCAUCGGAAAAUCUUUGGAUUGAUUGAAGCAGCCAUGAAAUAAUCUUUGAUGGAUAUGAACAGCUACAGCCCCGAGCUCCACAUCGCACACCAAAGCCGCCGAGACAAGCUCAGAAUUCACCAAGAUUUUUAUGUCGACAAUUUCCAAUCAAACCCCCGAAACGGGAGCAUUUGCUACGAUCCUUCCCAGCUCUCCUCCGAUCAGAUGAUCAGCUUCUCCGCCAUCGAACCCGAGAAGCGCCCCUUCCCGGCCUCGUUCGCCCCUUCUUCCGCUGCCGGCGGCGGUGAUGCACAUUACCUCGCCUCAAUUUACAAUUCAAACCCUAUCUCAGCAUUGGAUGGCGGCGCUUCCUCUCUUUACCCGAAUGCGCUGCAAGGCCUCGAAUUCGCCUCGAGCGAGCUCCCACUUCUCCCCGAACAAAUGCGGAUCAAGAGUCAAUCCGGUCAAUGGAGCGGCAACGAGGUCGAUUUGAGAGAGGGCUCGAUCACUCGAGCGCUCUCGUUGUCGCUCUCGCCACUCAAAGUUCGUGAUAUUCGGACUAAUAAUGUCCAAGAUUUGAGAAAUUGGAGGCCGGAGUUGGUGUCUCAUCGGAACCCCGGACCGUUGGGGCCAUUCACGGGAUACGCGACAAUUCUCCGAAACUCGAGGUUUCUAAGACCGGCUCAGCAGAUGUUGGAGGAGUUCUGCUGCAUUUCUGGGCCGAAAGAGGUCGAAAAAUUUGAUGUUUCCGAUGACAUUUUCGACGACACUAGGGUUUCGGGUGAAGGUGGUAAUAAUAAUCAUUCUCGCGAUACGAGCAGCUCGUCGGAGUCUCAUCGGCCGGAGAAUCUUCAGAGGAAGGCGAAGCUCUUGAUUAUGCAGGAUGAGGUUUGCAAACGGUACAAACAAUACCAACAGCAGAUUCAGAUGGUGGUUUCAUCGUUUGAAUCCGUAGCCGGCCUCAGUUCCGCAACUCCUUACGCUUCGUUAGCCCUAAAGAUGAUCGCCAAGCAUUUCCGGCUGUUGAAGAACGCGAUAACGGACCAGCUCAAUAGCAUUAAAAACGCCCUCAGGGGUGAAUUCUCGUCCCCGUCUGCGCCUGCCAAUGCUUCGGUCUUGAAGUUUUUCAAUGAUAGAAAGGGUGUUGAAGGCCAGCAUUUCUGGAGGCCUCAGCGAGGCCUCCCGGAACGUGCUGUCUCUGUUUUGCGCGCCUGGUUGUUCGAUCAUUUUCUUCACCCUUAUCCUACAGACACAGACAAGCAUACGCUGGCCACGCAGACCGGCCUAUCUCGAAACCAGGUAUCGAACUGGUUUAUAAAUGCGCGUGUUCGUUUAUGGAAGCCGAUGGUCGAAGAGAUCCACAUGCUCGAAACCAAAGCUUCAGAUAAUGCUGGGAAAAGUAGUAGUGGCAAAAAUGUGUUUGAAGGUAGCGAAGAAGCCCGGGAAAGUAGCCAAUCUUCGAACCAGCUGAGGAUGCGGGCCAUUCCGGACAAGCAGGUCGAAUGCUCGGGUUUCGACCCUUCCGGGCAGGAGGGGGAUAGGUCGAAGGCGAGCAUGUGGAGUCAAGAAAAGCGUUCAAGAAUAGAGUACCAUGUCCCGGGCAGCGGUGAUGGGUCGUUGAUGGGGUUCGUGCCGUCCCACCGGAAUGGUGUCGGGUCGGGGUCGGUGUCGUUGACUUUGGGUCUCCGGCAAAGCCCCGAGGGCGGCCGGGAGAGGCAUAUGAGGCAUUGUGGAGGUCAGAUUAUUGGAGACUUUGUUGGGUGAUUAUUUUGAUGUAGACUUUGGAGAAAAUUAAGGUAGAAAUAAAUUAAAUUAAGAUUGGGAAAGAAGGUUUAGGAAAAUGGGAAGUUGCAAAAGCAAAUACAUCUCAUAAUUCUACAGAAAUGUAAGAUUAAGCAACAUUUCAAUACAUUGUGAGAUUUGUGAUAUCUAUUUUUGUAUUACCAUCGUUUUCUAUUUUA